AUGGGUGACAGAAGAUUCAUUGACUUCCAAUUCCAAGAUUUAAAUUCAAGCCUCAGACCCAGGUUGGGCAAUGCUACUGCCAAUAAUACUUGCGUUGUUGAUGAUUCCUUCAAGUAUAAUCUGAAUGGUGCUGUCUACAGUGUUGUAUUCAUCCUGGGUCUGAUAACCAACAGUGCCUCUCUGUUUGUCUUCUGCUUCCGCAUGAAAAUGAGAAGUGAGACUGCUAUUUUCAUCACGAAUCUGGCCCUCUCCGAUUUGCUCUUUGUCUGCACUCUACCUUUCAAAAUAUUUUACAAUUUCAACCGCCACUGGCCUUUUGGUGACACCCUCUGCAAGAUCUCUGGGACUGCAUUCCUCACCAACAUCUAUGGGAGUAUGCUCUUCCUCACCUGUAUUAGUGUGGAUCGUUUCCUGGCCAUUGUCUAUCCUUUCCGAUCUCGUACCAUUAGGACCAGGAGGAAUUCUGCCAUUGUAUGUGCUGGAGUCUGGAUCCUAGUCCUCAGUGGUGGUAUCUCAGCUUCUUUGUUUUCUACCACUAAUGUCAACAAUGCAACCACCACUUGCUUUGAGGGCUUCUCCAAACGUGUCUGGAAGACUUAUCUGUCCAAGAUCACCAUAUUUAUUGAAAUUGUUGGGUUUGUCAUUCCUCUGAUAUUGAAUGUCUCUUGUUCUUCUGUGGUGCUAAGAACUCUCCGCAAGCCUGCUACACUGUCUCAAAUUGGGACCAAUAAGAAAAAAGUGCUAAAGAUGAUCACAGUGCAUAUGGCAGUUUUUGUGGUAUGCUUCGUACCCUAUAACUCCGUUCUCUUUCUGUAUGCCCUGGUGCGCUCCCAAGCUAUUACCAAUUGCUUGUUAGAAAAAUUUGCAAAGAUCAUGUACCCAAUAACCUUGUGUCUUGCAACUUUGAACUGUUGCUUUGACCCUUUCAUCUAUUACUUUACCCUUGAGUCCUUUCAGAAGUCCCUCUACAUCAAUACCCAUAUCAAGAUGGAGUCCCUGUUUAAGACUGAAAUGCCUCUGACCACAAAGCCUUCCCUUCCAGCUAUUCAAGAGGAAGUUAGUGAUCAGACAACACAUAAUGGUGGUGAAUUAAUGCUAGAAUCUACCUUCUAGGUACAAGAACUGUCUUUAGGUCCAGAUAUGGUUUCUCCUAUGCUAUGAAUAGGAGAAAAGAUUUGAAGCUAAUGAUACUGAGAAUAGAUUAAUGUACUGAAUACAGUCAGAUACAUUUAUUUGAAUGUUUAUUGUACUUAUGCUGUUUUGUUCAAUAAUUAUAGGUCAGGUCUAAUUACAACCACCAAAACUCUUCUGCUGGGUUAGAGUUUUAUUGUAUCACAUUACAUAAGUGGCCAGUGGCCUUGACUUUAGUGAUAUGGAGAUUACUUUAAUACUUUAAAGAAUAUAUUUCCAUUCUGAUAAUAUUUGGUAGUUAGGUUGGGCCUAUAAAUAUAGAACAAAUUCAGGGAUUAUUUAAAAAAAAACCUUUUGUGUUACUACUGAUAUAAGCUAGUCUUUUUUAAACU